GUCGGGGUCGGGUUUCAUUUGUUUCGGAGCGGAGCGAGGCGAGGAGAAGCCAGCUGAGCUGAGCUGAGGAGGGAGGAGACAGGGCGGCCCCAUUCCCACUCCCUCCCACUCCCUCACUCCCUGCUCUGCUCUGCAGCUAGCACACCAUUCAUUGAUUCACUCGCCCGCUCGCUCGCUCCAUUGCUUCUUCUAUCUAUCCCUUGCUCUGCUCGCUCUGCUCAUUCCACGCGCACUGUCCACUCCAUCCAUCCCCAUCCCCAUCCAUCCACCGAUCCGCCUGCAUUUACUCCCGUCUCCGGCGGCGGCGGCAGAGCUGAGCUGAUCUAGGUUGGGGGCGGGGCAUGGAGGGGGACGACAAGUGGAAGCUGUCCAAGAAGGGGCGGAGCAGAUCGGGCCGGAACUACUACUACGGCGACGCGUCCGGGUCCGGGGCCAGCACCAGCGGGGGCCUGAGCCGGAGCUACUCGGCCAGCGUCACCGCCACCCGGGACGGCAGCGCCGGGGCCAGCGGGAGCGGGAGCGGGGGCGGGAGCUCGUCGUCGGAGCAGCAGAAGAAGGAGGAGGCCGAGUCCCGGCGGCGGCUGUCCAAGAAGUGCGUGGAGGCGGUCAAGGAGCACCGCGCGCGCUUCUACAUCGUCCGCCGCUGCGUCUCCAUGCUCGUCUGCUGGCGCGACUACUAGCUCCGGCCGGGAGCUGCCCACAUUCUUUCAAUCGUUUGCCUCUGCUCUUGCACUGCUGCUGCUGUAGCCACGUACCGGCGUACAUUUCUUCCCCUUUCUCGGCCUAGCCGAGCUCUCCAUCCAUCCGUCUCAGCCUAUAUAAUCUUAGCCGCUUCCUCUUCUUCUUCUUGCUACUGCUUAAUUUUGCUGUUGAUGUUUUUCCCCACCGCGAUUUGGGUUAUGUACAGUACAUCAGCCAUGAGCACCACCACAAGGCAAGGUAAUCUAGCUAGCUAGCAGUCCCGUCACAAUCAAUCAGCCACCAUUACUAGCUAGCUAGCUCAGGAGCUCUGCUCUCUUCUUUGUUUAUCUCCUCCUCCUUUUCCUAGUACUACUCAUAAGACUUAAAUUUGUGCAGCUAGCUUCAUUUCAAUUUGAUGUUUGAUUCUGAGUGAGUGAGGGAGGUCGUUCGUUGAAGAACAAACAUGCAAGAUCAAUCCAUGUCGUUUUCCUUCA